ACCACAUUGAUACUCACCGAUUCCUCACAGUUUCCUGAUUACUUAGAACCAAAACAUUAUACGGGAGGGGGAUGGACACUUUACAAGGUUAACAAUUCCACUUGAGCAGCAUACAAAUGGGUCAGUCCAGCCCACGAUGUGUCAGUCUCCUAAACUUCGCCUGAACCUGCUACAGUAGGAAAGCAGCCCUCCUCUCUUCAGUCUCGGUUAGAAACGUGUAACCUGUAGAUUAUACUGAUGGGAAGUAAAUCCGCGGUGAUUCACCCAGCUACACUGAUGCUGCUCUUUAUAAGCUGGAGGGAAAGCAUACAUUGCAGUGAACUUACAGUGGAACCUCCCGAGGACCUUAAGAUAUUAGACCCUGGUCAUCUUGGACAUCUUGAGAUUACAUGGAGCCCCCCAGCCAGCUUGAUCAACAUGACAGAGUGCCCAAAACUGUACCAGCUGGAAUACUUCAACACAUACAAGAACAGCUGGACUGCCAUCAGGACACCUAGCAGGUCAUACAGUGCCCAGUUUGAUCUGAUGGAGGACGUUAGAGUGAGAGUGUACACUUUGCUGAGUGGACCAUGCACCAACGGCACUAUGAUCAAGAGUACGAGCUACACUGAACUGGUCCAGAAACCUCCCACCACAGGUGUUGUCGGUACCACAGUCAAGGAUUUCGUCUGUGUCUUCCAUAACAUGGAGAACAUGGAGUGCAACUGGGAAAGCAACCAAAAGCUGCCAGCCAACUCACAGCAAAGUUUAUAUUUCUGGCACAAAGAACUGGAACAAGCAGAGGAGUGCCCGAAAUAUAUGAUUUCACACAGUGUCAGGACCGGUUGCAACUUCACAGGGAAACCUCUCCCUGAUUUCACUGACAUCAACAUCUGCAUAAACGGCUCCUCACCUCACGGACCCCUAAAACCAACAUUCAUCUCCCUGCAAAUCCAAAACCAUGUGAAGCCUGAAACCACAGAGAAACUACAUUUGCAAACACGCCCAGAUGGGCAGUUGGAAUUACAGUGGGAGAGUCCUGUUGGGAAGGUUCCUGGGCACUGUCUAGAAUGGGAGGUGGAACGCAGUCAAGCGGGACCUGAUGGAAAGAUUGUAUUGCAGAAGAUUUUAACCGAGCAGACAAGCCUGACUCUGCCCCUCCUCAACAACUAUGAGAGAAACUGCCUCAGGGUUCGGUCCAAAUUGCACAAGUACUGUGUAGACAAAAGCUUUUGGAGUGAGUGGAGUCGUACAACCUGCCAUCCAGAAAUGAAAGAAGUCACACCUGAACCAGAAUGGGACAUGAUACCAGUUUAUGUAUAUAUUGCCAUCGCCAUCAUAGCCAUACUGAUGCUGACUCUGUGUAUGGUGGCAGUGCUCAAAGUGAUGAGAUCAAGACAAGAGAAGAAGCCGGACUCUCUGCUCACCAGCCUAUUUGCCAGAAAUUCAGUUCUUACAGUGGUGGAGGCCUAAAAAGACACGUUCAUCCGACGGAUAUUUUAAUGUUGCACUCCAUCUCUCUCAUUCUUCAGGGUCUCUAUAUUGAAAAUCACACUACGCAGCCCUCAAAGUGUUUGUAACCACUGCUAACACAUACUGAAGAUACUCCGUAUUAGACUGAAAGUUAUUUACAAACAAAUAUAAUAUUUACAAACAGUAUUAUACUAUUUCAACAUGCUGUACUGCGCUUGCCUUUUUUGUUUACAUUUUUAUGAAAAUGCUUACAUUUUUAUGAACUACUCUGUGAUGUCAUGUUAACUGGACAUGUUAUGUUUAUGGAGAAGAGUGUCAGUUAUAAUGAGGGGUUGCUUAUUUUAUGGCUACCGCUUGCCAGCUGAGUUAGUCAGCAGAGAAUAGUUUGCAGAUGUUGUGUUGAGGAGCAAUUACUUAUCUUUUGGGAAUUUGUGUUUGAUGUUUUAUUACUUAUUUGAUAGUUAAUCCAAUCAGUAAGGGUUUUUUUUGUGUGUGGUGGAGAAUUAACAAUGUUUUAUGGGUUAUUUUAUUAUAUUUUUUUAUUUUCACUUUUUGCCUCAACUCUUGCCAGAUAGUUAAAACAAGAAAUUAUAUGUUUUGUGUUUAAAUCCACCACACAGAGAUAAAACAUGUGAAAUGGUUUUGUACUAUGUCUUUACUGCACACUUCAGUAAGUGAAGUCUUUAAUUGCCUGCAGAAUUUAACUGAGAGGAUUUUUAAAUGGGUUAAUACGGAAGAAAUGAGUGUGUCAGGGGGUUUUAAUGCCACAGCUCCUUGCCUGUUCUAGUAUUUUUUUUGUUUUUGUUUUGAAGGGUUUGAAUCAUAACAUGAAUGCAAAACAAUGUUUACGUAACUGUUAAAUAAUAUUUGUUCAAAUAUGCCAAAAUGCCUCAUUUACAUCAACCGUUACACUAAAUGCGCCCUCCCUUCUUUUACAUUUUGGUACAUUUUGUUGUAUUAAAACGUAGAGUUGAAUGUUGUCGUCACUUUAUAAUGAGCUCUAAAGUAUCAUUUAUAAUGUGACCUCACAUCCAGGUACCUAACUAUCUACUCUUAACAACUUAAAAAAAACAAAGAAAUAAAGAAAAUGCGAAAGAUGUAGCUUCCAUGUUCUCAUAUUGUGGGAAUAUUUUGAACUCCUACUGUAUUUAAAUACACAACUACUUUUUUGUCCGACACUUAAAUAUAGAGCACAGUGGAAGAAAACAAGUCAAUGGGAACAAUUGGGCAGUUUAAUAAAAACCAGUAGGCUAUUUUUGUAAGAUGGGUUCUGGGAAACAAAACUGUGGGAACCAGUAAGUAUUUCAUUGUGAACUGACUCCUGUUUAAUUUUGUGGCCUAUUUCAAAUAAAGUCUGCUGUUGAAGUUACUAUACGCUGUAGAAGUAUAAAUUCUUUCAAGAAAGUUUGUUAGUGAAUAUUAGGUACAAUGAAUUUGAAAGUGCCUGCCUCUGAUAAAAGUGUUAUUCAGGGCAAAAGGAGGAGACUGUAGCAGAAAUUGAUCAUAUCAACUGAAUUUGCUCAACUUCUUGUCUGUUUGAAAACUGACUCUUUUGAGAACUGUAAAAGGCAAAAUUCUCUGGUUCCGACUUAUCAGAUUCAGCUUUGAUCCCUAACAUAAAAGUAGUAUGGUCCAUUGAAUGCCCCCUUAUCAAAUCAAUUAAAUUUCACAGAAGUAAACAUGAAGGGGUAAUUUACUUUUUAAAAUGAAAAUGCUUUGGUAAUGAUACAGUAUUUAACAUCUGCUCAACCUUGGUUUCAUGAAUAAAAUAGCUGGAAUCUGUGUUUUAUUUAUUAUUAAUGAAUCAUGGUAUAUUUGUAUAAAGUCAGGAACAAUAACAGCAAUCACUGCUGUACUUUGUACAUAAUGCUUUUGUAGUCAUCUUAUCAGAUUGCUUUGAGCAUAGUUUUACUUGCAUAUUCACCAAGUCAUAGUAUUUUGACAACCUCUCAACCUGCAAGUCAAUGUUUCUAUGAAUGAUUUUACCACACAGAAGGAGGCUCCAUUUGCUAAGUUUGCUGCAACUUCUAUACUAGUCAUAGAAGAACAAUCUAACAUGCUGUAUGUUCAUAUGUAUCCAUCACAGCUGCCUUUGUCUAAAAGAGAGAAAAAAUAUUUUAUGUACAGCAAAGACAA